UGAGCAAACCACCACCGCGCUCCUAUAAAAACCCUGCGCGCGGUUUCGCUCCACGCAGGCUAGCUGAGAACGAGAACUAUAUAUCGAGCCAGGCUAGCAGGCAAACAAAGCAAAAGAAGCUAGCCAUGGGCGUCUUCGCGGUGACCAAGGUGUCCGAGGGCCCCGUCCGGCCGUCCGCGGCCACGCCGUCGGACACGCUGCCCCUCGCGUGGGUCGACCGGUACCCGACCCACCGCGGCCUCGUCGAGUCCGUGCACAUCUACCGCGACGCCUUCCAGCCGCCACCGGCGCCCGAAGCAGCAGCGGCCGCCGCCGCUGAAGAAGAAGAAGAUCAAGAGAAGAAGAAGAACAACAACAAUUCCAAGAAGCCCCCGGCGGCCGUGGUGCGGAGCGCGCUGGCGGACGCGCUGGUGCACUACUACCCGUUCGCGGGGCGGAUCGUGGAGGACGCGGCCAAGCCAGGGCGCCCCGCCGUGCUGUGCUGCGCCGAGGGCGUCUACUUCGUGGAGGCCACGGCCAACUGCACGCUCGCCGACGUCAACUUCCUGGAGCGCCCGCUGCUGCUCGGCAAGGAGGACCUCGUGCCGUACCCGGCACCGGAGCUCUGGGCCGUCGAGCCGCACAACACCCUUGCCAUGAUACAGGUGACGACAUUCACCUGCGGAGGCUUCGUGCUGGGCCUGCGCACCAACCACGCGGUGGCCGACGGCACGGGCGCGGCCCAGUUCCUGAACGCCGUCGGCGACCUGGCCCGCGGCCUCCAGGAGCCCCGCGUGAAGCCUGUCUGGGCCCGAGACCGCUUCCCGGACCCGGACAUCCAGCCCGGCCCACUCCCGGAGCUGCCGGUGCUAGCCCUGGAAUACAUCGCCUUCGACUUCCCGGUCACCUACAUCGACAAGAUCAAGUCGGAGUACAACGCGUGCAGCGGCGGGAAGCACUGCUCGGGCUUCGACAUCGUCAUCGCCAAGCUCUGGCAGUCCCGGACGCGCGCCAUAAUCGGCAUCCCGGAGUCAUCACCAUCAGCGGACGUCAAGCUCUGCUUCUUCGCCAGCGCGCGCCACGUGCUGAAGAUCGAGCCGGGCUACUGGGGCAACGCCAUCUUCCCGGUCAAGGUGACCGCGGCGGCGGAGAAAGUGGCCGGGUCGUCGGUGGUCGAGCUCGUGAGCAUAGUCAGGGAAGCGAAGAAGCAGAUGGCGGAGGAUUGCCUGAGCUGGGCCGAGGGCCGCACGGGGGGCCGCGACCCGUUCCAGAUGAGCUUCGACUACGAGUCGGUGUACGUGUCGGACUGGAGCAAGCUCGGGUUCUCCGACGUGGACUACGGCUACGGCACGCCCAUGACGGCCGGCCCGCUCGUCAACUGCGACCUCAUCGCGUCCGUCAUCGUCAUGAAGGCGCCGGCGCCACUCGCCGGCACGCGCCUGCUGGCCAGCUGCGUCACCAAGGAGCACGCCGAAGGAUUUGCCAGCCGGAUGAGGGAGGACAUUGCCUGAACUGCCUGAUCUGAAGGAACCGUUAGAGUUUACUUUGUGUGUUUUGCUCUUUGGUACAGUUGUGCAAAAGUGCAAAGGGAAGUGCUGCCUGUGGAAGCUAUGCAUACGUUACGUACGUACGUGCUGUCUGAUGAAUACGCGGAAGUAUAUGCUUGCCUGGUUGUGUCUUGUGUGUGUAAUUCCUUCCUUUUCUUUUGAGGGGUGUGUGACUGUGUCAAUGUAAUUCCGUGUUAACAGGUAGGCUAAAUUAAGUGUUAUCUCCAAAACAAUCAUAUAUUGAGGUCAUCAGGUCCAAAUUCCGAAAAGAAAUAGUACCAAUUUCA